AUUGCAAAGUGUUUAAAAAUUUUCGAAAGCUUUUAGUGUGUAAAAUAGAAUAGAAAAAUAUAAAUAUACACUUUCUAUUUCUAAUAAAAAUUGCGUUUAUCAAAAAACAAAAAAAAUUAACGCUAAUUGCCUAGCAACCAAAGUGCUUACCUUGCAAUAUCAAUAACGAAAUAGAGUUCGCGCAAUUUGGCUUUAGUCUUUAUAGUUAUGUACAACAGGGACUUUCCAAAGUGACGCCUAGAUGUCAGUAGUGAAUAAUUCCUAGACUGUACAUAUUUCAUGUCAUCUUUGACAUUUGUCAUGUAGACAGAUGUACAAUUUUACGAGAUAGAACAACGCAUUAAAAUUAUUGAAAUUGAUUAUGAAAAUGGUCGAUCGUUCAGAACAACAAACCGCAAAAUUCGUGAUAUCUCUGGUAGAAAUAAUAGUCCGAAUGAGUCGACAAUUCAAUUUCAAGAAACUGGUUCUGUUGAGGAUACAAAAGGCAGACCAAAAACUGGACGGUUCGUUGAGAAUAUUGCUGCUGUACCGCAAAGUGUCGACCCUCAACAUUGAUAUAUCGACAUUUCCAGCAAUUGGACAUUCAUGAAUCGACCGUUUGGCGUGUUUUACCUGUAGACGUGCCCAUGGCGGACAUUUAAAAGAUGUAUUUUUUUACAUAAUGGUGAUAAAUAUAGAGGCAUGGGAUUUUAAACUGAAAUAAAAACAACGACAAUUUAAAUUGAUUGAGCAAUCUAUAUUAUUUUUGUGUAGAAUCAUGCAUGGCAUUAAUUUUUUAAAGGGAAUCCUCUCCAAAUGCUGACAGCGAAUGCGCCAUAAUUCGGUCAUCCGGAAACAGGAAUUUCGAGUGACUCGCUUUAGGACUUCGUCGGUGUCUUGUGCAUAACUUUAGUAAUGUUGGCUUUCAAUCGUUGUUGGCCUCAAUCAAAGUUGGUUUAUCCAAAAAGCUUUUAAACUUUACAUAUCUCCGCAAAUAAAAGUUCAAAGGAUUGAUAUCACACGAUCUUGGUGGCCAAUCCCCUGGUGCGAGACCAGAGAUAAAUUGCUCACCAAAACGACGGCGCAAUAAAUUCAUUGUUUCGCAGGCUGUAUGGGAAGUAGCGCCGUCUUAUUGGAACCAAAUGUUGUGGAGAUCACGGACUUCAAUUUUCUUCAUCAAAAAGUCGUUUAUCAUGGCACAAUAGCGUUCCCCAUUUACUGUUCCUUUGGCGCCAGUCUCGUCUUUGAAGAAAUAUGGACCGAUGAUUUCCUCCCGCUCAUAGGCCGCACCAAAUAGCAGUUUUCAGUGAAUGCAAUGCGUGUUCUUGAGUGACUUCGGGUUACUCUUCAGCUCAAAUAAAGCAAUUUUGGUUAUUGACGUAGCCAUUAAGCCAAACUUGGGCCUCAUCGCUGAGCACCAUUAGUUGGCCUUUUCACAGAGCGUCGAUUUUCGUAAUACAAUUGCACGAUUUUUAAACGUUGUUAAACGGCGUAAUUCCUUCCAUGAUGAAAUGUCAAUGAAUACUUAAAAAAAUGAUGUAUUUAGUUUGACAGCAGUCACACGUGUCAAAAACACUAUUAGAAAAAGUACUUUCAAUCUGAUCAUCCUUUAUAAUUGUUAAGAGCCGUUUGUUUUGAAUGAAAACAGUGAAUAAAUAACAGUGAAACCUGAAAGAAUCUAAAUUUUUACAUUUUUUAUUUUAAAACAACAUCUUGGCGCGUCUUUUGGAAUACCCUUUUUAUAUACAUACUUACAUAUAUGUACUUAUACGUAUGUAUGUACAUAUAUUGGUGAGCAUGUUUCAAUGUAAACAAGCGGUUAUUAUCGGCUGAUGCAUUCGCGUAAUUCUAGCACGAACACCACUAACAGAGAUUAAGAAGUCACAGCCGAUCAAUUCAGAAAAUAUGAAUCUAACUUAGUUAACUUUGUGGAAUAUUGCUUGACGCGCGCCGUGGCAGAGUCCCAUAAAGUUAACGGCAUGACUGAAAAAUUGUAUUGCAGGAUUAAGGCAUUAAUUACACUGAUAAAAUCCGGUGUCUUAUGUAAUAAACAACUAUUCGCAUUAUUUUAAACCCUUGCCUACUGAUCGUGGCCAGCAGUGCUGCAUACAACAGUCGAUGGUGCACAUUGACAACUGGUAGUUUUUGAAAAUACAAAAUAUUAAACCAACAGCAAAAUGAUUUGGGAGCUACUGCUGGCGACAUUGCUACUCAUCUUCCUCUACGACUACUAUACGCGCAUGCGUAAUCAAGAGUUCUACAAACGCAUACCGCUUGUUUCGAAAAUACCGUUUGUGGGCUGCAUAUUGGUGUUGGCGCGCUUUCAGCCGGAUAAUUUACAUUCGAAGUUUCAAGAGUUUGUGACGCGUUUCGGCAAAAGCUUUUGCGCGCCUGUGAUACGCGGUCUUAUGGUCGUAACGGCCGAUCCACGAUAUGUCGAAGAGUUGCUCAGCAGUCAAAAGCAUAUUCAAAAGAAUCAACUCUAUUGGCUUCUGCGCGGUUGGCUAGGCAAUGGUUUGCUACUUAGCCAUGGCCAGAAGUGGCAAAUGAUGCGAAAAAUCAUCACGCCCACUUUUCACUUCAAGAUACUCGAGCAGUUUGUAGACGUUUUUGAGCAACAGAGUCGUGUAUUGGCAGAUAAAUUGGCAGAAUUUGCGGAUGGCGCAACGACUGUGGACAUAUAUCCACAUGUAGGACUAAUGACCCUAGAUGUGAUAGCAGAAACUGCCAUGGGUGUGUGCGUGAAUGCGCAGCGCAAUUCCAAAUCGGAUUUUGUUCAAGCAGUGAAGGACGUUACAAAUAUUGUCGCCACGCGCUUCAUACGUCCCGUGUUGGCUUUUCCGCGCACCUUCAAACUGCUCCGACCGCAGCAGUUCGAGAAACAAAUGGAAGGCGUGGAAACUAUGCAUCGUUUUACCGAAAAAAUUAUUGAGGAACGGCGUUUAUUGUUACAAAAUAAAAUUAGCACUAACGCGGAAGCUUUUGACCCAGAUGCAGAUGAUAUCGGCUUGAAACCGCGUAUGGCACUACUGGAUGUGCUCUUGCAAGCCACCACAAACAGCGGACAACCACUUACCCAUACCGAAAUACGCGAUGAGGUCAACACAUUUAUGUUUGAGGGUCACGACACUACCACAUCGGCCAUUUCUUUUUGUCUCUAUCUACUCUCACGUCACGCCGAAUGUCAGCGCGAACUUUUUGAUGAAAUACGCGGCCAUUUCGGCGAUGACACAAGUCGACCAAUUAAAUAUAGCGACCUACAUAAUCUGACCUACUUGAAUUGUGUAAUCAAAGAAGUUCUGCGUAUUUAUCCGCCCAUACCGGUUAUAGGACGCUGGCUGAAAGAGGAGUUGGUGCUGCCUGAUGUCACCCUGCCACCGCGCACUAAUGUACUCAUAUUACUUUGGCAAAUUUUACGUGAUCCUGACAUUUACGCCGAGCCCGAACGUUUUUGGCCCGAACGCCAUUUGAUGUCGAACGUUCGCGCAAGUGCCUUUAGUAAUAUACCCUUCAGCGCGGGACCACGUAAUUGUAUUGGACAAAAGUUUGCCAUAUUCGAGAUGCGUACUGUUGUCGUCCAAGUGCUGCGACAUUACGAGUUAUUACCCAUUGGCGCGCCGGUACAGCCAUCGAUCAAAAUUGUGUUACGCUCGAAAACAGGCGUAAAUGUUGGACUCAAGCCACGCGUAUACGAGAAUGUAUAAAAUGUGGCAUACGAGUAUGUGUGUGUAGGGACAUGUGUAUACAUAGGUAUAUAUACGUAUAUGCAUGUGUGUAUAUAUGUAUGUAAAUUUCUAAACAAAAACGCAAUAAAAAUGUGAUAUUUACAAUGUUUGAAGUUCCGGCAUGAGGCAAUAAUUAAAGGUUAUUUAAGAUGUCUAAUUUUCACUCUGGG